UUAAUUGUUAGACCGUUGUGCUAGAAACUGUUUGAUGAUGCUGCUUCACUGAAGCAGUACCCCUGCCAACCUGUGUGGGGUUACCUAUCAGCAACCUUCAGUCCCCUUGUACCUUUCCGCUAAUAGUUUUCCCUGGAGGUGCGGUUCCCCUGGGCUGUGUUGAGGUGCUUUUCCUCUCCUGAAUAAAACCACUAACCUAAAUGGCUCUAUCUUACGGUUAGCAGAUCAAAACUGGAGCAAACAACAUACAAGCUGCUGGCUGAUAACAUAGAAUGGCUUCUGUGAAAGAUCCAUUAACAAAGGAGCUGGAGGAGGAACUGAAACUGAACACAGACGAUCUCCGUAGCCACGCCUGGUUCCAUGGCCCUAUCCCACGACAGGAAGCAGAGGCACUGAUUGAGAGAGAUGGAGAUUUCCUCAUCCGCGAGUCCCGUUCCAGUCCGGGGGACUAUGUACUGAGCUGCACCUGGAAACACGAGUCUCUCCAUUUCAAGAUCAUACACGUGGUCCUGCGGCGCAAGGAGUCCUACACCCGAGUGCUGUACCAGUUUGAAAAGGAGAGCUUUGAUAACCUCCCAGCACUGGUGCGAUUCUAUGUGGGGAACCGCAGGCCAAUUUCAGAGAAAAGUGGAGCGAUAAUCUUCCACCCAGUAAACCGCACUGUACCCUUGAGGUGCAUAGAGGAAAAAUAUAGAAAAGCAUCAAAUCAAAGAUCACAACAUGGACCACAGGCAGUCAAAAGCAAUGAUCAAAAUAAAAGAUUCAGCUUAAAUCUAUUCGAAGGAGUAUCUUCAGGCCAGCUUGAAGUGGAUAGUAAUCUUUUGAGGAAUAAGGACAAGAGUGGCAGCCAUCCAAAUAUUCUGGAUUGGAAUGACAUAAAGCCAUUGCAGUCUGCCCAGUCUGAUAGCUACCUUUCUGGAGGACCCAGGGACAUCAUUCAAGCAAAUGAAACACAGAAAUUAAUUCGAUCUUCAUCAGUGAUGUAUAGAGCGGGGAGUGACCCAUUAAUAAACCCCAAAGUGGGCCCAAGACGCCUUUAUUCCCAGUCUAGCAUUGGGUCAAGAGGUUCUGAAGGACAGUUACACUUGAAGGCACCUCCAAAACCACUCAGAAUUCCGUCCAUUGUGGUUCCGGAUGUUCCUACAGAUCCACUGUUAGAUGGAAGCGUCUACUGCGAGCUAGUGCCACACGUUCUAAAGUCCGGCCAGAAAACUUCACCGUCAAUAACUCACGUGGAGAGAUUGCGAGCUGCAGAACGAUCGAAGAUCAGGACCCGUAUGACAGACAUGAAUUUUUGCCUCCUGGAUUUAGAUAUGAACUCAGUCUCUAUGAAGGCCUGCCAAGAGGAAGCUGUGGAGGAAGAUGGUUGGACAUUCACUCAGCCACAACUGGAGACUACCAGCUCAUUUCAACCCGACACCUUUACUUCAAUCUUACUUCCGCCCGACAACAGAUCUCUAGAUCCAUCUGUGCUUAAGCAACUCAAAGAAAUAUUCAGUGAACAUGAUGCAAAGACAAUAGCACAGCAUAUUUUGAAAGUGGACUCUCAGGUUGCUCGCCUCGUCAAUGUGUCCCCAGAGCAGAAGAGGAUGAUGGGAGUGAGGUCAGGACUCGAUCUGAUCACAUUGCCCCACGGACACCAGCUGAGGAUGGAUCUCCUGGACAGACAUCACUUAAUAGCUCUUGGAAUUGCAGUGGACAUCUUGGGCUGUACGGGAAGUGUUGGACAAAGAUCUGCAGUACUUCACAAAACUAUCCAAGUUGCAGCCGAGCUGAAAGAUUCCAUGGGCAAUCUGUUUGCACUGUCAGCAGUGAUGAAAGCGUUGGAGCUGCCUCAGAUUGUGCGCCUCGAGCACACAUGGAGGACCCUGCGCAGAAAUUAUACAGAUAGUGCCAUCAAGUUCGAGAAGGAGCUCAAACCAUUCAUGAAAUCCUUGAAUGAGGGGAAAGCUGAGUUUCCUCUGCAAAAUACCACCAUUCCACACAUUAUGCCCAUCAUCAAGCUGAUGGAGACACAGUCUGUAUCUGAUUUUAUGGAAACUUGGGAUAACAUCGACUCAGACUGCGAACUGCUAUUUAGGACCCUGGAAGCAGCUCGUGUUGCAACAGUGAACACAGCAAUAUACAGAGCCAACACUGAAGCCAAACUGAAAGAUUUUCAAGCUAAAGAAGAAUUGCUAGAGGUAUUCGCGACUGAAUUUGCUCUAAGAUUGUUCUGGGGUGCCAAUGCAACUGUAGUUGCGCGCAAAGAGAGAUAUGAGAAAUUUGAUAAAAUUCUUAAUGCUUUGUCACGGAAGCUGGAGCCUCUGGGCCCUUCAGAGAUUUCUAUGACAGAACAGACACUCGAGGCCAAGGAGAAAAGAGAUACAGCACGGUAACUGGCCCUCCCAGCCCAACAAGCCUGUGCCUCCCAAUCGCACCCAUGUGACCAAUUCACCUAAUAACCCGUACAGCUUUGGACUGCUGGAGGAAACCAGAUCACCCACGUGGUUACGGGAAGGACAUCCCAACCUCCUGCAGACAGCAGCAAGUUGAACCCGAGCUGCUGACGCUGUAAUAGCGUGAUACCAACUGCUGCCCAAGAUUAUCUAUAUUUACUACGUCAGACCGAAUCUUUCCAAAUGCUCCAAAAAUAAGCAUAGAAUUGAUAUAUCCAUCAGAGACUGCCCAUCUCAGAGAUUUUGGAAACAAUCAGAUGUACAACAUACCACCAUCUAAUCGGGCUCAGCCUUCAUUUGAAAUCAGUGCAAUCUCUAUUGCUCUGUGCAUUAGAGACAGAAGUGACUGCAGAUGCUGGAAGCAAAAAUCGACUGCAGGAGGAACAUGCAUGAGAGACAUGGAGAUUCAAUGUUUCAAUUGGGACCCUUCAUCUGGACUGGUGUGCGUUUAAUUUGUUUUAAUUGUAAAAAUGCAAACUCAUUGUGAAUUUAAGCUAGUGCAGGAUGAAGCUAGCAUGAACUUGAAAAGGAAACAUGGGAGUUUUUUUGUUUUCUGGCCUAAUUUGAUGUCUAUUUUCAGCCUGCUUCUCACCACCCAAGGCUGUUACAUAAUUUUAGCAGAAUAGGACAUUUUAUCUUACAGACUUUUCUGUUGCUGUAAAUCAAGGUCAAAAUUCUCGAUAAAAUCAAAACAAGUAUUGAAAAAUUUCAUUCAUAAAAAUAAUCUUCAAAUAUUUCUUCAAAACCUUUUCUAUCUCAGCAGCUGGAACUGUUUAACCUUGUAAACAGGCUUAUUAAAGAGGACACAGCAGUUGCAUGGACAGCAGGAAUAUGAAUUCAGUACGUAAACAGACUGAGGUUUCCUGAAGGAGACUCAUGGGUGGCUCGGAUGGACUGAUUGGUGACAAAAAUCAGAAGAAAAAUACAGGAAAAAAAUGUCGCAAAAACAAAGGAGCUGGUUGUGGAUUACAGGAAGAAUAGAGUCGGGCUAACCCCUAUUGACAUCAAUGGAUCUGAGGUUGAGAGGGUGAACAGCUUCAAGUUCCUCGGCAUCCACAUCACCGAGGACCUCACAUGGUCUGCACACCAGCUGUGUGGUGAAAAAGGCACAACAGCGCCUCUUUCACCUCAGACGGUUGAUGACAUUUGGUAUGGGCCCCUGUGGUGAACUACAUAUACCUGUCUGGACACGCCCCCCCUGCUGACUGCUCCUGUGGCUCCUCCCACAGACCCCAGUAUAAAGGCGAUUGGAGGCACUGCUCCUCCCUCAGUCUCCAGGAUGUUGUGUGGUGGUCACUUGCUGCUUGUGCUUACUUCCAGCCAAUAAAAACCUACCUUAACCCACGUCUCAGAGUUAUUGAUGGUGCAUCAGCCCCCAAAUCCUAAGAACUUUCUACUGGGGCACAAUUGAGAGCAUCCUGACUGGCUGCAUCACUGCCUGGUAUGGGAACUGUACCUCCCUCAAUCGCAGGACUCUGCAGAGAGUGGUGUAGACAGCCCAGCACAUCUGUGGAUGUGAAUUUCCCACUAUUCAGGACAUUUACAAAGUCAGGUGUGUAAGAAAGAUCACUGGGGACCCAAGUCACCCCGACCACAAACUGUUCCAGCUGCUACCCAUCUGGGAAACAGUACCGCAGCAUAAACACCAGGACCAACAGGCUCCAGGACAGCUUCUUCCACCAGGACAUCAGACUGAUUAACUCACGCUGAUCUGAGUGUACUCUAUAUUACAUUGACUGUUCUAUUUAUUAUAAAUUAUUAUUAAUUACUAUGAUUGCAAAUUGCACAUUUAGAUGGAGAUGUAACACAAAGAUAUUUACUCUUUAUGUAUGUGAGGGAUGUAAGAAAUAAAGUUAAUUCAAUUCAGAUUCUGGAAAUUUGAGAUGAAAACAGAAAAUGCUGGAAACACUCAGCAGAUGAGGAAAGAAAAAUAGAGUUAAUGAUGUCUCAUCUUCAGCUUAGUUGGUGUUGAGGCAGACAUGCCAAAUUGACUAGGCAGGUAAACACCAGUUGCUUCAUUAAAUAUUAUGACUGAGGCAAUAAAUCUAGAGCAUUCUUCCCUCCUGCCCUUUGUCACUGAGCUACAUAGAAAGUAACUGAGAAGAUUGCAGGUAAGUGCAUGCAGAGUUAAUUGAACUGGUCACCUGGGUUCCUGUAAUAGGUUAUUGGAGCUGCAACAUGAAUCCUGCAUUUGGUUUAUUUUAGCAGAAAGAUGAUUCCAUUAUACAGAAGCCAAGUAAACACAAGACCUUAACAUUUUGGUAUAAUGUCCCAUAGAUUUUCUGUUUGAAAUAAUUAUUUUCACCAAAAUUACUCAAUCUCUUUUUCCUCUCCAAUUGUAAUUCACCUACAGAGAUUGUCAAAGCCUGUCUGUCUGAAUCCUUCAAUAGUCAACUGUAAGUGGAGGGUCCCACCAAAGACCAGAUAAACUGGUGGGUUGGGCCAGGUUGGGGCCUGCUGCAAUAGUACGGAUCUGUACACUCGCCAGGUCAUUUUCACAUGGUUUUCCUUUGCUAGCUGGAUACUCAGCCGGGGAAUGCAUAAAGAACUUGACCAGAGUAGUCCCACUGUCAAGAGAAUGGGCAGGGAACAGGAAGUGUAGAUGUAGCUUCAAGUGUAGAUGUCUACAAUCCACAUCUGAGUUGAGUUAGGAUAGGGAAGAAAUACACACAAGGGCUCAGAUUGGAUGUGUUCAUAUUUUAAUUUUAUACUGAGCUAAUUUCUAGACCUUACCAAUGCCUAAAAGUUGCCAAAUCCAAGACCAAGCUCCAGCUACAACCUCAACUUCCACACAGUCUUAAAAAAAAAUGACUUGCAAGUCUAUAGUAUUGUAAGCAGAACUUUGAGUGGGACUCAGCAGAAUUCUCAAGCACUAGAAAUAUUUGAUUUUCAACACAUUAAGCUUUGACUUUUCCCCUCACCACAAAAGUUAUUGAUUUCUACAUUCCCUCGUGAUAAAACGUACUCCUGUUGGAGGUUCAAAGACCAAAAGGUAAAGAAGUGCGUCUUAAUUCAACAUUGCUAAGCACAUGAUAAUAUUGGCCAUUCAACAUUUGGUUUCAUUAAAGACCUGCUUUUCCAUACAUGAACAGUAGAUACCAGAUAGAAACUGUACAGCUGUUCAGUAUUCAUCAAUGAUAACUACUGUAGCGGUGCUCUCCAAGUUUAAAACUUAGUAUAAAUAAAGCAAACAUAUAAUAUAAUUCAUGUAUAACUGUUUAAAAAGUUUCUGUUUUAGUCAUACUUAAUAUCCCCUUUCUAUUCAGUGACCAUAGGAAGAAUUUUCCCCUCCUGAUCAAGAUCUCACUGGAUGCCCAUGGGUAUCUUAUAAACAGGCAGCACAGCAGGCGCCAGAGGGUCUUUCUGCCUGCAAGAGAUAAAAAUCAAAAAGGAAUGCAAGAGUCCCUGUAAUUGUCAUAAAUUACGAGACACUUCAGAGCAACUCUGGAGAAUUGUCAGGGUUUCCCAGAACAAUUUGCUGCCUUCUUUGCCUGUCCUUUUACUGGGUAAACAAACUGUGUCUGUAACAAGAGGUUUUAUCAACAGGACUGAAGAACAUUCACUUCCAAUUCACAUAAUAAAAUCUAUACUAUCCAAUCCUCACCCAUGCAUACAAACCAUUAUCUGCAUUAUUUCUUAAUCAUCUCCAUUACACUCCCAUUUGUUCCUUCAAUCUCAACCACAAUUCUUUGAAAUCUACCUAAAUCAUUCAAUUACCAGGCAGUGCAGGGAUUGUAUCUCAUUUCCAAAAGACAGUCCCUCCAAAUCCCGCAGGGAGGAGCUAGCCAUGAGAUGUUAAAAAAAAGCCAAGCAUCAUUAUUUCAAAUAUAUCAAAGAAACAGUCAGAGGGCCUGGAAACUCAGUUCAUUGUCUAAGCACAGAAAGAAGGCAUUCAGUCUACACUGUGUUCUUUGAAAGAUCAGGCAGACUUAAUUUACCCCCACCCACUGCUGUUGUCAGGAAGUCUAUCUUCCAGUUCUUGUAAAACUCUGAUCCAAAAUUAUUUGUGGAGUUUGUUUCCAGCUCCUUUACAGGACAAACCAUCCUGCUCCUGACAAUUCUUAAAUGAAAAAUAAACUCACCACCUCCCCUCUGGGCCUAUUGCCAAUGUUUUUAAAUGCACUCACGCAUAACUAAUUCGAAGGGUUAAAUAAAAUGUGGAACGAGCCCAGGGAAUUUGCACAAUAUUCACAAGAACACUACAAAUAUUUGAGUUAAUGAGAGAUGCAUGUUGAGCUCUGUCUGGAUAGGUCCUUUGAGGAUAACUUGUUGUAAGAUACUUAGAAAGUCAGGAAAUGUCAGGUGUGUUAAAUUAAUUCCCAAUUUCCAAUUCAGUUAAAUCAUCUUGAAAAUCCAUAACAUAUGUGGACAGGAAUCUGUUGUAAAGAUACUGAAAGAAUUCUUGACUGUAAAUCUCUAAAAAGGACUCAUUAGAAUCCUGAGGAAAGUUUCCAGGAAAUGGUUAAUGCUUUAGCUUAUAGUUGGCUUCAUAAAAGCCUGAAGCUGAAGACCGGUUGAUUUUCCAUUUUGCGUUUAUCUCAUAAGGUGGUCAACCACACAUUAUGGAGUAAUUCCUAUAUUCUUCUAAUGAACACAGGCACCACAUCGACAAUAGCCAGGUUUCAGAAAUAUGUUCACUCAAAAUUUUGGGACUUUAUUGUGGAUUUUUGCUAAAGUUGUGGCAGUCCUAUCAAUUCUGAGUUGGGUCAUUGGUAAUUUCUUUGGCUGACAACACUAGUGGGAUGUCCAGGGAGUAUUGCAAUGUCAUUGAUACCAUGUUUAGAGAUUGGGAUAAAAUUACAAAGCCCUUUAAUUUUAUAAACAAGGUGCAUAGAAACUUCUCCUGCUAUCCUGACCACCAGUAAGACAUCAGAAAGCAAACUGUCCAGGCACCAUCACGAUGCUGUUGGUGAAAACUCAUUCUGCAGAAAUUGUCUCUCAGGCUUUACACAUUACAGUCCUUCAAAGGUUCAGCAUUGGUCAUAAAAUCUUUUGGGAUUUCCAGAUGAGCCCAGGUAUAUUUUCUUUAAUGACGUUUGCCUUUAAGGGUCCAGUUUUAAUCCUGCUCACUCAGUAGGAAGUUGGGUAGCUGGACAUAAUUUGCUUUCCACUACAUUUUGAACAUAUAUGAAUCUGAGCCUGGAUUAUGGAAGGACGGGGUACCAAUGAAACCUAGAGACAGUCAACAGGUCCAGGAGAACCUUUAAUUAAGAUUUUGUAAGUUGCAUGCUCAAGUGUCUCCCCAUACCAUUACAUCAUUUUUCUGUGCAUUACACUAUUGACUCACCAAUUUCAAUUAGCAUAGGUCCCGUCCCUUCAAUUCUACCCUCUUCCCACGCCAAUUACCAGCUUCGUCAUUUCCCAGACAGAUCAAGUAGAAGUAUUUCUCUACAUAGCACUGAGGUCCCAGAACUAAAAUAUGACUCUCAUGCUGACAAACUAUCCCUAGUCAGAGUAAAAGAGGUGCAAUUCCCCCAUCAGUCAAGCCUGGUGACACUUCGUUGUAAACGACUGGGAUUAGUUUUUAAUCUAACUCUCUUCCACUCACUGCAUUUUUCCAUGCCAUUAGCUGCUUUUAUUGGGAGAUGUUUCACAACAGCCAAGCUAAAUGAGAGUAGCAUCUGUAGAUGAGUGCCAGAAGACCAAAUGACGGAGUAGAUAAUGGCAGAAACCCAUAUGCUGGACAAACCAUUUAUCAGCAACACUCUAAAAACAAAUCAUAACACUCAUAUGCAUGGGAACGCAAGUACAUAUCGGUGGCUGUAUGUCCCAUAUUACAGUGAAUGUGCUUCAGAAGUGCUUCACCAGUUGUAAGAUUUCCUAAUAAAUGUGCGUCUCUCUUAUUUCAGUAAGGAUGUCUGUAAACUAACAUACAUCCAUGCACAAAACAAAUUGGAAAUGAUGGUCUAACAAUGUUAACCUGUAAAAUAAGUUGUAAUGUGUGCUCACGACUGCUUGUAUUCUGUUCCAUUUUUUAAUAAAGAAGUUUAAAAGAAACAUUUCCAUUGUACCCUUUUGAAGUUUAAUUAAUGCUGCAACGUAGGAACCAAGGCAGCCAAAGUAUACACACUGCUCCCACUGAAGGCAUUGUUUACAGUGGCCAGUUGAUGUUAUGAAUACCAAAGACAUAUUAAUGCACAUUGUAAUUAUCACUAUGUUUAAUAACUGAUAAAUAUUGUACUAUAAACAAUAUUUACAGAAAGACAUUGUUUCCUGCUUGGCAUUGCUGUCUGCCACACCUCCAACAGUGCCCAUAUGCCAUCAGCCAGGGACCACCGCUCAUUAUGUUUCGCUCCCUCAGCCCUGGUACAUCUCCUGGUGGUGGAACAGUAGCAGGAAUGUCUCCCUGCCAACCCUGCAGCUUCCAGUGAGAUUAGUCAUUCCCCACCCCCCCCCCCCACACUCAUUUCUGUCCUUCCUCUUCAGCCACAGCCAAAAGACGCCCUUUUCUGUCUCUUCAGCCAGCUCCUAAUCGUCGCUCCAGUCACUGCCGUAUCAGAGAGUAACCUUGUUGUCGAUGGUCCAACGAAAUCCCCGCAUCCUACCUCCACAGGGUAGAUGAUGUAGUCCAGCCAGCUUCCUUACCCUCAGCUGCCAGGUCUGAAUACUUCAGCCUCUUUCACAUGAGGGCAGCCUCCACUCUUCCUCUGGUAAACUCAAAUGAGGAGGACUGUCUUGGCAGCCAUGGACAGAAGUAUUGUGUCUGGGUGGAGAGACAUGGUGGUGAUUUCUAUGGGGAAUGUCUUUAUGUCAGAGAUAAUCAUCUUGCUCUUUAAAUUGUACCAUGGGAUCUACUCAAUCUAUCCAAAGAGUACAGACAGGGUCCCUAUUUGUCAUCUCACCAAAAGGACACCAUCUCUGAACUGUAGUCUUCCCUUGGCAUUGUUUUAUAAACUCAGUGUUCACUUUAUUAGGUGCACCUGCUCGGUAAUGCAAAUAUUUAAUCAGCCUACCACGUGGCAGCAACUCACUGCAUAAAAGCAUGCAGACACAGUCAAGAGGUUCAGACCAAACAUCAGAAUGGGGAAGAAAUGUGAUCUGAGUGACUUUGACCGUGGAAUGAUUGUUGGUGCCAGACAGGGUGUUUUGAGAAUCUCAGAAACUGCUGAUCUUCUAGGAGUUUCACGCACAGCGGCCUCUAGACUUUACAGAGAAUGGUGUGAAUUUUU